CAAAAAAGAAUGAAAUAGAACUCCACAAGCAAAUGCUAUCACCAAAACACCCUUCUUCACUUCCCUGACAAAAAUCCCCUCGUCCACAGUAAAUAUGGGCGUCUUAACUCUCUUCUUUCUUUUCUUUAUCAAAGUUUCUCUUGCACUUCAAUUCUGCGAGGACUUAUGCAGUUCUAUCGGCCCAGGGGUUCGAUUCCCUUUCGGGCUUGACAGCGAUGGAUGCAGCUACCCAGGUUUCAAUCUUUCCUGCAAUGAAAAAGGCCUAACUAUCCUCAAUCUCCCUCUCUCCGGCAACUUCAUUGUUCAACACAUCGAUUACCAAGCUCAAGAGAUUCGCAUUAGAGACCCUGGAAACUGCUUCGCAAAGCGCCUACUUCACAAGUUAAGUCUCCAGGGAUCACCUUUUGUUAGAGUGUUUAAUCGCGCCUUCUCGUUUCUUAAUUGUUCAUCGAAUUUUUCCACAUCCGCCCCCUUGCCUCGUCCCGCAAGGCUGAUUAAUUGUCUUAGCAACAAUGACUUCACUGUUGUGGCCAUGCCCGUCAGCUCUGAAGGAGACUUGCCGUCAAUACCUUCGUGUACGGUGAUGAAGGAAAUAGUUGACGUUCCAGUCUUUUGGCCUCGGUAUCCCGAAGGGGAAUCCUCGUUGAUAUGGACUACACCGGAUUGUGUAGGAUGCGAACAGAACGGUGGGACUUGUGGGUUCAAAGAUUCCGGGAGUCUUGAGAUUGAAUGCUUUAAUCUACCAAGCACUGACCGUGUUCUUCCAAGGAGUGCAAAAUAUGGCAUAAUCAUAGGCGUUGGAAUACCAGCACUCUUGUGCAUGAUUGGCCUUGGUUCUUACUUAUGUAGCAGAUUGAGGAAUUAUAGCCGUAGCCAUCCGUCGAGCACAGAAGUUAACACCACAUUUGCAAACCCACCAAGCAUUUCUAUAAGUGGACUAGACGGACCGACCAUAGAAUCAUACCCUAAAAUUUUACUGGGGGAAAGUCGUCGUUUACCUAAGCCUAAUGACAACACUUGCCCCAUAUGUUUGUCUGAGUAUCAGCCUAAGGAGACAUUAAGAACUAUACCUGAAUGCAACCAUUAUUUUCAUGCUGAUUGUAUCGAUGAAUGGCUUAAAAUGAAUGCAACAUGUCCUCUGUGUCGAAAUUCACCGGAUAUUUCCUACAUAUCCGCCAACCCUUCUUCGUUAUUGUCUGCUUCUCCGUCUUCAUUAUCUUCGGGAACAUAGAUGAAUAUUACUUUGUUUUGUAUAAUGUUCGCAUGGGCAUGAAUUCUGCAAGUGGUUUGAUUGGAUCUCUGGUUUGUUUUUACAUGGAAAAUGCCGGAAUGGAAUACCAUUUUGGAAAGAAAUUUAGAUGAAACUGGGGAGAUCGAGUGGGUCUUGCCUUGUUCUUUUGUGUAUACUAGUUAAUUAUCUUGUUUUGAUCGAAGCAGUCCAACAUUUUAAUUAUAGCCUUUUUAAAAUCAAUUCCAAAUUCACAA